AUGCAUCCAUCAGAUAAUCCUGGUGUGAUGCUGGUUCAAGUUCUGUUUGAUGGCACUGGUUACCGUUCAUGGAGAAGAGGUGUAUUGCGAGCACUUUUGGUAAAGAACAAAUUAGGUUUCAUAAAUGGCGAAUGUAAAAAGCCAGAUUUAAAAUUCUCAAUGUAUCGCCUGUGGGAUAGGUGUGACGAUAUGGUCACAUCAUGGAUUCUAAAUUCUCUAGCUAAGGAGAUAGCCGAUGGAGUUGAAUACAUUAACGAUGCAGUAGAAUUGUGGAAAGAGUUAGAAGAUCGUUACGAUCAGACGAAUUGUGCAAAACUGUACCAAAUCCAAAAGGAAAUUAAUGAUUUAUCUCAAGGAAACAUAGACAUCACUGCUUAUUACACCAAAAUGAAGAAGUUGUGGGAAGAAUUAAGCACUCUAAGUGUCAAGAGUCAAUGCGGAUGUCAUUGCACCUGCGGAGCCAAAGAAAACAUACAUAAGGCAUAA